AUGAGGUUGUAUCCUUUCAUACUAACAUUAAUUGGAGCUGUACAGAAAUGCUUUCCACAAGGAUGCAACCGGGAAAGAAUGGCCUUCGAACAAGUAAACUAUUCAUUUCCAACAUCAUCAAGCAUGGCCAUCAAACCUCCAUUUCCAAUGCAACAUGUAGAGAACUGUAUUGAACGAUGUCGAGAAACACCUACUUGUAAAUCUUGUGGUUUAGCAAAACAAGGUGGUGAAACGUUUUGUCACCUGUUUCGUCGCGAUCGAUUCCUAUUGCCACUUCCUACAUCCCCAAAACCUGGAUAUCUUGUGAAGUAUUCAGUUCCACAUGCUAAAGAUUGUAAGGAUGUGUAUGAGAGAGGAUUUAUUGAAACUGGUGUGUAUAAAGUAGGGGAGUUAUACAGAUACUGCGAAAUGAACUAUCUUGGUGGUGGAUGGACAGUCGUAGUAAAUCGCAUCAAUGGCGUUGCUAACUUUAACAAAACGUGGAAUUCUUAUAAAGAAGGUUUUGGUAACUUGAAAAACGAGUUUUGGUUGGGAAAUGAGUACUUACAUCUACUUACUAAAGAUACGGAAAACGAAGUAUUGUUCGUCAUGAAAAAAUUCACCGAUAGUAAAGAAUACAUGGCGUUGUAUGAUGGGUUUAGUGUCGGUGAUAAUUCUACUAGAUACAGAUUGACGACCGGAACGUACACAGAAGAUGGAAUCGCAUUUCCUGCUGGAGACAGCUUCUCUUACCAUGAUAGCGAAGACUUUAAAACUUACGAUAAUGAUAAUUCCUACUUGUGUGCACAGUAUAGUGCUUGGUGGAUGAAGAAAUGUUAUAAAAGCGCGUUAAAUGGAAGAUAUUCAAGUAAAGGGUCAUGUGAAGUAAAAUGUAUUCAUUGGGGAACUUUAUCAGGAUUUAAUAACUCUCUUGAAAAAGUCACAAUGAUGGAAUAUAUGAAUAGAAAAGUUCUUCUCUCGCAAAUAACUCUGCAAAAUAUCACGAAAGACUCUACUAAAUCUUGUGGUACAGUAACUGAUUAA